AUGGAGACCCAGCUCGCGAAGAAGGACUUCGACGCCACCGCUGAGACGGUGCUGGCCAAUGCGAUGGUCAUUCUCUCCUACCUCCUGGCUGCACUUCCUCCAGCAACAUCACGAGGAUCCCCCUCUGGAGAUAGAGUCGCUGAAGCUGCCAACGUGUCCUUCAUGGAUCGAUUAUGGCAAGCAGAACUUGGACACAAGCCCCUGGGCGAAAGGAUCGCUGAUGCAGUCAUGCGGGCUUUGUUCCACGACGGCUUUACGGUGGAUGGGUCAGAUGUGGAGGACAAGGAGCCGGACUCGGCCUCCCCAGUGGUGCCGGCCUUGAUUUGGCAGGAAGGAGUUGGACCUGAAGGGUCUCAUCAACCAAAGAACGACCUGCAGGAGAACAGGGUUGUGGUGCUGCAACUGCUGGUGACCUUACUCUCGGGUGGAGCACCGACGGCGCCGAUACUUCAGGAGACUGGAGAAGAAGAUGCGCCCAGCAUUGAUGUCCGACUGUCCAGGCUGGUGAUUCUCGACGUGAGACCGCUGGCCUAUUUGGCAGAUCCAAGCAGGACAGUCCCAUUCAGAGCUGAGCUGCUCUUUUCCUUACUUUCAGUAUCUUUGGGCUACGACCCACAUGGCUUCGGCGUACCGUAUGGCGGAUACUUCGCUGGAGCCAAGCAGGAAGCUUUUGCACACGUUUGCCUUCAGGCUCUUGGACUGCUCCUGCAAGAUGUCCGCGAUGCCACCGAGUCCCGAGGCGACUUGUCAAUUUCAUCCAGCUUGGUCGCGCGAAAGCCACAGGAACUGCUAGUUUCUCGAAAGUCAAUCCCCGAAGAGGGCCAUGAAGGUGAUCGAAUCCAACAUGCCUUUCGAGAGAUCUUGUCCAACAUCAGCUCAGCUCGAGAGGUGGAAUUCAUGGUGGAUGGAGUCAUCACUCUACUCGGAACUGUCAGCAAGGAGAAGGGGAGCUACCUACCGAGCUCCAUGAGGCUGCCGCCCUUUUUGCCGGAGCUUCUGAUCCUGGUUUUUCACCUCACGUCUUGUCGAAAGUUCGUGGCAGGUGCAUGCGCAGAGGACAUUGUGGGUCUCAUAGAAGGUGUUCUCUUGGCGGCAAGCCAGGCUCCAGAGCACGUGUGUGAGACAACGCUGAGCUUGAUUGAAGCAGCCAUUCUCCUGAACAUCACAUCGUACCGAGAAGUUUGUGCUGAGCUCGAUGAGGACUAUGAGGGAAAUGUGCCUGAAAGCAUCCCAGACUUCGAGGGCUCCGUGGCUGACCUGGUCGCGAUGGCGGCGUUAGCACAGGCGAGCGAGUUCCUGAACAAGAGCAAGGCUAGCACUGUGCAUGACAGCAUUGUGCAGAUGAGCUUUGCCACUGUGGUAAACGUCUCCACCUUUGCGGAUGGGCUUUGUAUGGAAGUGUCUUCCCGAUUGUUCUCCCUCUUCGAGCGCUGUGCCAAAGCUGUCCAGCUCAAGCGGAGCAGGCAAGGGGUGGCCAAUCACCUUCCCAUGCUUUUGGAGGUGUUUGACAACGCCCUUCAGUACAGAUACACCAGCAACACCAACCUGGCCUAUGGUCUAAUGACGAGACAGGCCAUUUUUCGUGACCUCGUUUCAUUAGUGCCCCAGGUUCCAAUUGCUGCUGAAUUGGAGCAGGAGAAUGAGAAUGCCCGCGAGCAAAAUCGGCAGUGGCAAGAAGCAGUUGAGGCCCACCUCCUUCCAAUUGCUGGCCUGCUGGAAGUAACGGUUCCUGUUCUGGAAGCAGAGGUGGAGAAGCAUGAGAUCUCAAACUCCGAAGAAGCCAAAGAAUUGCUUCCCAGGUGCAUUUUGGGCCUGAUGCCCCCUCCGCAUGCCUUCCAGAUGAGGCACCUGCGCCGGUGUGCCGCCACUCACAUCGCCUGCGAGCAUAUCCUGGCGGCCUCGCUGGGUGAUGGACCUUAUUCUCCUCUUUGGGAGGUUGAAGAGGAGUCGACGCCGAACGCGUCGGGGGAGCGAACGAAGGAGUCGAAGAAAACGCGAGAGAGAAGUAGCAGCAGAGCAAGAAGCACUAGUCGAUCGAGAGGUGGGGUUUCAUCUGCGCCCUCCAAAGUCUCAGGGGGCGGAACCCCAAAUGGUAGUGGACAUGAAAUGGAAGGCUCCCCUGCCUGA